AUGUUUCACGAUCCGCACUUCGCCCUCAAAUUCACCGUCCUCCCCGUUCCGCAAACGACCUCUACGCCUAAGCUGAAGACCGAAGACUUCGGAGACCGCAUCGACUUCCUGAACUUCGGAUACGAUGAUUUCGAGCCCAAGACGCCAGAGGAGAGGUUGAUGAAGUACCGAGCCGAUGUUGAGUUGUCCAAAGUGCAUGCAAAGCGCUACAAGCUUAUGGCAGAUCGCAAAACGAAAGGCUUCUACGCCGACAAGGUACCGCCUAGGACGGACGAUACUGGAGACAGCCUCGCCUUCCUGAACAGAUACAGCGAAGUAAAGCCCAUGACACCGGAGGAAAAGUUGAUGAAGCUUAAGGCCGAUGUCGAAUUCUCGAAGUUACAUCAGGAUCGGUACAGGUUCAAAACUGCUGAGCUGUUGUUCGAGGGUAGAGCAAUAUUCGCGCAGCUCAUGGUUGAUGUUGAGGAGUCUCGGUUGAAGAGGACACAGGAAGCUGCUACAGCUGACGCAAAGUGGAAAGCUCGCCGGUCCAGCCUUGGAGGAUCGUAA